GCGCUGCGCUGGGCCCGCCCGGCCCCGCCGGCCCGCGGGGGCCCGCGGCGAAGCCACGCGAGCGAGGCGCGUGGCCCGAGCUGGCGGCCGCCGGGCCUCCGAGCACCCCAGGCGGGGCCUCGGCCUCGGCACGCAGCGCGGCCAGCAGCUUCGGCGCGCCGCCCGCCGUACCGCCCUGCGUGUCACGGGUGCCGCCCGCCUGGGGCAGCCUCGGCACACCAGCCGCGGCCGCAGGA